UUGGAUACAUAUAGGCCGGCCAGCCAUGGCGUACACCGGACACUCACCAGCCUGGAGCGCAGUAGCAGCCUAGGAGCAACUUCCAGUGCGCACGAGUUACAGCUGAAGCAGAGGCAUGGGGAUGGCGCAUGUCCUCCUGGCGGCGGCGUUGGCCAUGGUGGCCGCCGCGGCGACGGUGAGCGCUUGGCCGGCCGAGGGGAUCCAGCCGCUGUCCAAGAUCGCCAUGAACAAGGCCACCGUUAACCUGCACGGCUCCGCGUACGUGCGGGCCACGCCGGCGCUGCUCGGCGACCAGGAUGAAGACACUGUAUGGGUCACCGUGAAAUACGGCUGGGAAAACCCCUCCGCCGAUGACUGGAUCGCCGUCUUCUCCCCAGCCGAUUUCAUCUCGGGCUCGUGCCCUAACCCAUCGAGGUACCCCGGCGAGCCGCUGCUCUGCACGGCGCCCAUCAAGUAUCAGUACGCCAACUACUCGGCCAACUACCUCCACGGGGGCAAGGGCGCCAUCCGGUUCCAGCUCAUCAACCAGCGCUCCGACUUCUCCUUCGCCCUCUUGGCCGGCGGCCUCGAAAACCCGACGCUGGUGGCGGUGUCGAAGCAGGUGGCGUUCAAGAACCCCAAGGCGCCGGUGUUCCCGCGCCUGGCGCAGGGCAAGACCCACGACGAGAUGACCGUGACGUGGACCAGCGGCUACGACAUCGGCGAGGCCUACCCGUUCGUGGAGUGGGGCGUGGUCGCCUCCGGCGGCAACCCCACGCGCACGCCCGCCGGGACGCUCACCUUCAGCCGCGGCAGCAUGUGCGGCGAGCCGGCGCGGACGGUUGGGUGGAGAGAUCCCGGGUUCAUCCACACGGCGUUCAUGAGGGGACUGUGGCCCAACAAAGAGUACUUCUACAAGAUUGGGCAUGAGCUCUCUGACGGAACGGUGGUGUGGGGCAAGUCCUACACUUUCCGGGCACCACCGACCCCCGGGCAGAACUCGCUGCAGCGCAUCAUCGUCUUUGGUGACAUGGGAAAGGCGGAGAGGGACGGGUCGAAUGAGUUUGCCAACUACCAGCCGGGAUCGCUCAACACAACGGACAAGCUUGUUGAAGAUUUGGACAACUAUGACAUCGUCUUCCACAUCGGUGACUUGCCCUACGCCAACGGGUACCUCUCCCAGUGGGACCAGUUCACGGCACAGGUCGCCCCCAUCAGCGCCAAGAAGCCCUACAUGGUUGCAAGCGGCAACCACGAGAGAGACUGGCCCAAUAGCGGCGGAUUCUUUGAUGUCAAGGACUCCGGUGGCGAGUGUGGCGUGCCGGCCGAGACAAUGUACUACUACCCGGCCGAAAACAGAGCAAAUUUCUGGUACAAGGUGGACUACGGGAUGUUCCGGUUCUGCGUGGCGGACUCGGAGCACGACUGGCGGGAGGGGACUCCGCAGUACAAGUUCAUCGAGGAGUGCCUCUCCACGGUGGACCGGAAGCACCAGCCGUGGCUCAUCUUCGCGGCGCACUGGGUGCUGGGUUACUCCUCCAACUCGUGGUAUGCCGACCAGGGCUCCUUCGAGGAGCCCGAGGGCCGGGAGAGCCUGCAGAAGCUGUGGCAGCGGUACCGCGUCGACAUUGCCUUCUUCGGCCACGUCCACAACUACGAGCGUACCUGCCCGCUCUAUCAGAGUCAGUGCGUCACCAACGAGCGGAGCAACUACUCGGGCACCAUGAACGGGAUCAUAUUUGUCGUGGCAGGCGGCGGCGGCAGCCACCUCUCGAGCUACACUAGCGCGAUCCCCAAGUGGAGUGUGUUCAGGGAUAAAGACUACGGGUUCACCAAGCUCACUGCCUUCAACCACUCGUCGCUUUUGUUCGAGUACAAGAAGAGCAGCGAUGGCAAGGUCUACGAUUCCUUCACCAUCCAUAGGGACUACCGCGAUGUGCUCGGCUGUGUGCAUGACAGUUGCUUCCCCACCACACUUGCUACCUAACCAUCGAGCCGUCAUGGAGUUUUUCUGUGCAAUAAAACUGCUCGCCUGCACAACUAAUGUGUGCUAAUGAAGUGUGGAAAGCUAGUUUUUUGGGGGAAAAA